AUGUCUGGCAUGAACCUCGCGAGAACACUAUACCAAAAGAGUACCGACCCGGAGGUAGUUCUGAUCGAUGCUCGCGAUCUCCGCUCAGGUGCCACCGGUCGGAAUGGCGGGCAUAUCAAUACAAUGAGCUAUAACUAUUGGCCCAACAAAAAAGUAAGAUAUGGCCUCAAAGAGGCAAUUCGCCUAACCAACUUCGAGCAUAGUCACCUGAAACAUAUGACCACAGAAAUCCAAGAGAGUGAGCUCGACUGUGAGCUGUCCCUGAUUGGAUUGAAGGAAUCGAUGGACGCCAUUGCAGCGAUCAGCGACAUGCAAAGAUAUGCACCAGAGCUCGCUUCUCAAUACAUCAUGUACACAGACAAAGCCAAAAUCCUCCAGCUCAACUGUUCUGAUCGAAGCAUUGGCGCAACCGGCACCCCUGCAGCGUCAAUGUGGCCGUACAAAAUGGUGACGGGGCUUUUGAGCAAGCUUAUCACAGAAAACGGGCUUUGUGUGCAGUCCAAUAUAAACGUUGUCUCCAUCACCGACAGAAAAGACGAUGAAUUUGCUCUCGUGCGUACCGAUUGA